CGGAGCUGGCAUGUUGCGCUGUGCCCGAGGUGUGGUGUUUUAAAAGCAGCCUCUCCCUCUGGAUUGGAGGAGAGGCAUUCAGCGGAGCUAUUUAGGGCCCCGGUAAGGGGCAGAGCAAGGAAGACAUCACCAGAUUGUGGUGCACUCUCACAUAUCCAGAAACUGGGAGUGAAAGAGUCUUCCAGCAGGCAGGAGUUACAAGCCUGCAAGCAGAGAGUGGCCAGGGGGCCAGUGAAUUGUUCAAAGGAGUCAUCGUAAGAAGGGAAGGUGGAUCCCUAGAGAGGCUUCAGGAGAAGCCAGUGUCCAGCUACUGAUUUCUGGCAAAUGGACUGCAAUGAUCCCAAACAGCAGCCCUACACCACACAAAAAAGCAAGGAAAAUUGAUGAUGUAUUCUGAUGGCUGAAACUUCAUGACUAGAGAGAUUUUUUUCUGGGUGCUGAUUGGCUGUUGAAGAUAGGAAAAUAGUUUAAAUAGUGCAGAGUAUGAGGCAUUCAAAGGUAUCAAGACUAACAGACCUUGCACCCUACAGAGAAUUUAUCUGGAGUACUUCUACAGGUACUAUAUUUCGAGAAAGAUGGAGGGCUGGAUGUUGAUCACUUGCCUACUAGGUGCAACAUUUGCUAUACCAUUGCCUCCCCAUCCACAUCAUCCUGGUUAUGUCAACUUCAGUUAUGAGGUGUUAACACCUUUGAAAUGGUACCAGAGCCUGAUGAGACAACCGUAUUCAUCCUAUGGGUAUGAACCAAUGGGAGGAUGGCUACACCAGCCAAUGUUACCAAUAGCCCAACAGCAUCCACCCAUCCAGACUCUCACACCUCACCACCAGAUCCCCUUCCUGUCACCCCAGCAUCCGCUGAUGCAAAUGCCAGGUCCACAUCAAAUGAUGCCUAUACCACAGCAACAACCAAGCCUACAAAUGCCAGUCCAAGAGCCAGUCCAACCACAGGCAGGUGAACAUCCAAGCCCACCACUGCAGCCCCAACAACCUGGGCAUCCGAAUCCACCGAUGCAGCCUCAGCUACCUGGGAGUCCACACCCACCAAUGCAGCCCCAGCAGCCUGGGAUUCCAAACCCACCAAUGUACCCAAUGCAGCCAUUGCCACCACUGCUGCCGGACAUGCCACUAGAACCAUGGCGGCCAAUGGACAAGACCAAGCAAGAGGAAAUAGAUUAAAGAAACCAGGAAAUCAGAAAAGAGAGAAAGUAUUCUAGGCAUUCUCACUUGCUUUCAAGAAUCCAUCAUUCCACUGGAGUCAGUGGUAUGUCCUUCCAUUAACUCUUCUUAUUAGUGAACGCUAUAGCUAAAGAAAAACAAAAACA